AUGUUCAAAAUUUAUCAAUUUCUGAAAUUAAUACAAAUACCAGAAAUUCUAGACAAAGAGGUUAAAUCUAGAGACCCAGUAUGGAAUUAUUUUAAUGAAACAGAAAUUUCACAUGAUUCUCACCUGUCAGCACAAAGUAAAUUUUGCUUCAAGUCAUGGAAGUGCAAUAAACCUUCUGACUAG